AUGGAAUACGCACCUGAUGACAGUCAUGACUUAUUACCACAUUAUCGUGAUCGUCAUCGGGCAGUUCCAAUACCAGGAACGCUGAGUUCCGUGGGAGGUGGCACUGAAGAACAGCCACCGAUUUAUAGACCAGAUUCGCAGGCAUACGUAGUAUCACACUUCAUAAAGCCAAAGACGCCUCACCAAUAUUGGGUGGACGAGACCUCCUUAACCCUGGUUCCGGAGAACAAGAACUGCCUCAUUUGCGAGACCCAGGACACAGGGUCAUGCAGGGCCAUGCCUUCGUGUAUAUAUUGCGAGCCGACCGCCACUGCUCUGUGCGAGAGAAGUGCUCCAUGUCUGAGGUGCACUGUGAUCAAGAAUCCUUUCUUCAAAUGCAUCCCCGGCGAGAAGUACAUGGAUGAGUGUGACUCCUGCCGUUGUACUGAUGGCCACGGCGGCUGGUGCACCAACCAGUACUGCGAGUUCAGAUCGCUACACAUCUACGCGGCUCGGCUGUCCGACGGGGAGUUCUACUGA